AGCGCAGGGCUGCGGGCUGUGCGCCUGCGCGGAGCUGCGGGACAGGGCGCGGUCCCCGUCCCCGUUCCCGUCCGCGGUCGCUCCGAGCGGGCGCAUCUGUUGCUGCUGCAGCGCGCGGGGCGGACGCCUGUGCUUCCCUCGCCCGCCGGGUCGGCGCCGCGCUCCGCGCUCCGCGAACAUGUCCAAGUCCCUGAAGAAGUUGGUGGAGGAGAGUCGGGAGAAGAACCAGCCGGAAGUGGACAUGAGUGACCGGGGCAUCUCCAACAUGCUGGACGUCAACGGCCUGUUCUCCUUAUCCCACAUCACACAACUGGUCCUCAGCCACAACAAGCUAACAACUGUGCCACCAAACAUAGCAGAGCUGAAGAAUUUGGAAGUGCUUAACUUUUUUAAUAACCAGAUUGAGGAGCUGCCCACACAGAUCAGCAGCCUUCAAAAGCUCAAACACCUGAACCUGGGCAUGAAUAGACUAAACACUUUGCCUCGAGGAUUUGGCUCUCUCCCAGCUCUUGAGGUCCUUGAUUUGACUUACAACAACUUGAAUGAAAAUUCUCUUCCCGGAAACUUCUUCUACCUUACCACCCUGCGUGCACUCUAUCUAAGUGACAACGAUUUUGAAAUCCUGCCGCCAGAUAUUGGGAAGCUCACAAAGUUGCAGAUACUCAGCCUUAGGGAUAACGACCUGAUCUCGCUGCCUAAAGAAAUCGGGGAGCUUACUCAGCUUAAGGAACUCCACAUUCAGGGGAACCGCCUGACCGUUCUGCCCCCAGAACUAGGAAACUUGGAUUUAACUGGCCAGAAGCAAGUGUUCAAAGCAGAGAAUAAUCCCUGGGUUACCCCAAUUGCUGACCAGUUCCAGCUUGGCGUGUCCCAUGUUUUUGAAUAUAUCCGUUCUGAGACAUACAAGUACCUGUAUGGCAGACACAUGCAAGCAAACCCAGAACCGCCAAAGAAAAAUAAUGACAAAUCGAAAAAGAUCAGCCGGAAACCACUGACAGCCAAGAACAAAUAACGGGUUGGCCUGGGCUGUGGACUUCUGGUUGCCUUUCUCAUUAUCACUCGCGCUCCCCGCCACUGUGUCCCACAAGUAAAUGCCGUGUGUGUGCCACUUUCUCUCCUCCUAGCACUUACCACUUUACCUUCCAAAUGCUUUUGGUAGGUGGUAGACUUUUAUGAAUUCUUAAAGCUGUUUCCAUUUGUUUGCUUAAAAAUGCCACAGGCAGGAUACAAAGCUCUAAUUCAACUGCAAAUUCCAUAGUAGGCACGGGAGUUCCGUUCCCUGAAUAGAUGUUCACAAAGUUGCAUAUUAUCAAAAGAAUAAUUAAAAUCAUGUGAUCACUUAAAUGUCACAGUUAACACUGUUCAUUCUUGUGUUCAUUCACAUGACUUGUUAUUUUACUUUGUUCUAAGCUUUCUAUAAACAUUGGAAUAUUGUGUUAAAUCACAAAUAAUUUUUAAUAAAAUCUUGAAUUUGUAUCACA